CUUGCUCCCGCCGGCGCCUGUCACGGGAUUGCAGGCGCCGCUGCUCGGGGCUCUCAGCGACCGGGCUGAGGUAGCGCGGGAGACGCCGAUGUCUUGAGCUGUCCCCCCCGGCGAGGGGAGGGACCCUGGCACGCGAGGAGCGUCCGGGCGGAGCGGGCAGCCGGCUGGGUAUGUGCAGUCAUGGCUUGGCCGGCGUAUUGGGUGGACGAGAUCCAGUGGUUUGCCCUGGUCACUCUGUUUGUGGCCGCCCUGGUCACUCUGGCCAUCUACCUGGUGCAAUAUGCGCUGGUCGCUCUGCGGAACAGCAGGAGGCAACCGGCGUCGUCGGCUGAACUUCUGCAGGGAAAUGACACCCUAUUGGCGUGGGUGCUGUCUCUGACCAGCUGGAGGACCCAGUGGCAGAAAGCUUGGAUAACAGCCCUGAAUGCAGAAGCCAAAGUGAGAGGGGAUUCGUUGUUGCUUACAUUUGAAGAAGACACAACUCCUCAGCUACUGGAGCUAGCAGUUAGACAGGUUGUAAGUGUUGUAAAGUCAGCCCAAGAGAAGGUGGUUUCUUGUAAUGUAGUGGGAGACUCCAUUCAAUUUAUUGUUCAUGUGUCUCAUACUUCACCUACUACCACAGAAUGUCAGUCAUACAGUGUGAAACUGUCUCCACUUCACUUACAGCUGGAACUCUAUCUGAAAGAGAAAGGAGAAGACAUUGAAGUUGUGUGGUCCUUCCUUAAUGCCCCUGAAACUAAUAGUCAUAUCCAGCCAACAGCAGUGCAGGAGGGCCAGAUGGCUGAGACAUGUGCAAUAUCUGAGCUAUUCAGAGAUGUUUUCCAGAAUCUAAUUAGUUCAGUUUCACCAUCUGUAAUUUUGAGUACAAAACCUACAGAUAUAAUAAAGGAGGCACAGAAUGUACAAAACAUAGGAAGUCUCCCCCAGGGCACGAGCCCUCCGAAACCUCCCAGGAUUCAUGAACUAAAACUGCUAGUGAAGAACAUUGUAGCCACACUGACUGAUCACAGUGCUGCAGGCAGCAUAAAUCCAGUAUGUGUAACUCAGUUGAAUGAUCCUCUACAGAAAUUUUCCAGCUCGAUAGCUAAAAAUGGCACUAACCUCUCUUGGAAAGAGGAGUUCAUCUUUGAAUUAAAUGCCAAAUCAAAAGAGUUACAACUGCAGAUCUUGGAAGAUGGGAAAUUGGAUAGUUCUUUUUCAGCAUGGGCAACUGUACCUUUAGACUUGUUCAGGAAACAGCCUUCUGGACAACAAAGCUUUGCACUGAAGAGCAGGCCCAGCACCCAUAGCCCUGUGCUAGGAUCGGUCACUGCAGAGUUCUCUUAUGUAGAACCUAAUGAGUCAAAAUCCUGGCAAGUUCCUGCUCAGCUUCCUGCUACAAAAAUAGAAAAGGAUAGAACCGUGAUGCCUUGUGGGACUGUAGUCACUACUGUUACUGCUGUGAAAACCAAACCUCGACUCGAAGGGAAACAUUCUGCACUGAGCCCAGAUUCUCCUGUGAAAACUCCUGCUAAAGUGAAAGUGAUUGAAAAGGAUUUCUCAGUUCAAGCAAUCCAUUGUCAAGGUGCUCCAGUCAGCAAAGUGUUAUCCUCUUCGGAUACAGAGCUGCUGGUGUUGAAUGGCACUGAUCCAGUUGCUGAAGCAGCCAUUCGACAGUUAAGUGAGUCUGCAAAGCAGAAGCUGAAAUCUCCAAGAAAGAAAAGCACCAUUAUCAUAUCAGGGGUUUCCAAGACCUCCUUAUCUCAGGACAGUGAAGCUGCACUGAUGAUGGACUAUGCAGCAGCCAUGGAUGACUCAUAUAAAGAGGAAGCCCCUUCCACGGUGGGGGAUUCUACCACAGAAGUCCUCUCCAAUAAAAAACUACCACUAGCUGCUUCACAAAUGCUACCUGCCACUGAUCCAGAGGAAAAUAGCCAUAAUGCGUGGGACUUGGAUAACAGCAGCCAACAAUGGAACAGCAAUGCUCUCUUAGGCCAGGACUGUGAAGAGAUGUCCAGGAGUUCAUUAAGUGUCUCAGAAUCUGGGAGUGUGAAAAAAUCUAAAGGUGGAAUUUUGAAAAAAAGUGCAAAGCUGUUUUUCCGUCGGCGGCAUCAUCAGAAGGAUCCAGGAAUGAGCCAGUCACACAAUGACCUUGUUUACCUGCAGCAGCCAACAUCUGAUGAAACCCGAAGGAAGGGAGCAACGCUAACACGCAUCCUUCACAAGAAAAUUCUUUCUAAGAACAAAAGCAAGAACAAGCUGAAUGGCACUUCCAUGGAACCAUGUCUAUAAAACCUAAUGCUCUCUCAAUGAUACUUGCACAUCAAUUGGUCAGCUGUUUACAAAACAGUACUAGAAGAUGUACACACAGAUUGUGACAUGCAUAAAAUGAUAUUCACAAAUGCAGUGGUUCCGGAAUAAGCAGACAAGGCUCGGCUUUUAUUUUUCCAAAACACUUUUUUUUUCUUUCUUUUUUAAAGCCUUUAAGCAAGAAGGAUCCUGUCCCCACCAGCCUACCCUUAAGCAUAUAUAGUGUUGAUUGUAUGAUGACAACAUGUUUCCCUCCCUCUCUAAUCCAAGUUGUCACUCUGCAUUCAAUCCUGAUUUGCAGAAGGUUUGAAUCUACCACUCCUAGUGAUAACAUUUUUAUUUUUGGGUGGGAUGGGGGUAGAGAAGGUGGGUUGGAUUGUAGAAGUGGUGUGACUCGGGAGGCUCACCUUUUUUUAAGUUUAGAAUAUUAAAUCUAGUUUGCGUUUAACUUCUGGCCAACAUGACUUCUUGGUUUCUAGGUAUAUGACCUGAACCACUGUAAAGAGGUAACGUACCACUGUGGUUUGUGCUUCUGUAAUAUGAAACAAUAGUAGCAAUGCAGAUCUCAACUUGGGUUUCUAAAGAGGCUGAAAGUGGAAGCCGAGAGACCCUGAUCUGGUUCCUGUUAUAAUUUGGAAACCAGUUUGUUUCUGGAAAAGGAAAUUAAAUGCUGAUUAAUACAACCUGCUGUAAUAACUGCUAAAUCAGUGUAGGUAGACACUUACCUUUGAUAUUAGCCAUAAUAAUUGAUGAUUAUGCAAAUAUGUAUCCCCAAAUAUUUAAUUAUGUGCAUAUAUUAUGCUAAAACCCUUUUUUUCCCUAGGUUUACUUUGUUCCCAUUUGCAAACAAAGUAUUUAAAAGGUCUUACUGUUACUUUUAUUUCCCCACUAUAUGAGAAGCUAUAAGUGCUAAUGCAACAGUUUUAUUUUGGGGACUCUACACCCUUAUCUACAAUACUUUGUAGACAAGUAUACUAGCAAUCAUAUCAAAAACAAAGUUAGGAGCAAUAAAUGUUGUGUAGAUCACGUUUAAUCCUACUUAGAUUUUUUUAUUAGUUCAUGAUUUGAUUUGCUAGUUACCAGUAGCCUGGAAAACAGAAUUUUUGAAAUGUUUCUCUUUCCCUUCCUUCAGUUACAAGUUUACAAGUUUUGUCAUAUGGUAAGGGUUUUUUUUUUUGGUUUUGGGGGUUUUUUUGUGUGUUUUAAAAGAUAUUGUAGUUAGCUCCUUUCUUUAAAAUCUGAUAAAAGAGAAAUUGCAGUUCUCACUUAGUCCUCUCUUCUUAGGCAGUUUAACUAAAACUUCUGUAUCUAGAUACAUUUUACAGAUUACAUAUUUUUCAUAUAUAUGCCUGUUUACACAUUCCUUUGCCAUAUAUGCAUUUCCUGCUGAGAACAUAGUACCCAAUCCUGCUGUCUUUACCCAGGCAAACACGCCCAUUGCACCAAUAUCACCACUGAUCUAAACUGAUGCAAUUCCAUUGAAGUGAACAGAGUUGUGCCUGUUUCUGUCACUAGUGACUUUGGCCCAAAGACUUCAAUAAGACAUUUGACUGAGUAAGGAUGGCAGUAUUGGGCCUUAGCCUUAAAGGCAUAUUUUCCAAAAAAUGGAAACUCUUGAAUAAUUGAACUAAGAGCUUUCAAUACUUGUGGUAGGCUCCAAAUUCCUUAGUAAAGAUGUACUGAAGGGUAUAAAACUUGGGGGAGAAAUCUUUAGCAAAAAAUAAAAUAUCCAAAGAAAUGAACCACCAAAUGCUUUUAACUGAGCCUCUAGUUCCAAAUACAUUUUCUUUGGCCUAGUAAUAGCACUGUGACAGUACUGUCAUGCAUACCGUUUUACAGAAAAUAUGUACUGUCAACAGUCUUGCUGUAUUUGUUGUUAUAAAUACUUGAAGGCAUUUUUAAACACUAUUUUAAAAAAAUCUUAAGUUUGUUGCAGUUGCAAUUUUUUGUAAUAUAACUAUGCACUCUACAGCUUUUGUGGGGGGUUUUUUUGUUUUUGUUUUUUUUUUAAAUCUGAAAUCAUUAUGGCUUUGGGAUUAGGUUCAAGUCCUACUUUAACAUAUUUGAGACUGUUUCUCCUUUUUACUAACUUGCAAAAAACCGAGGUUAGGAUUCCAUAUCUACUUUAGAGCAGCUUAUGCCAUCAGCACUACAAGGCUGACACAGCACUCCUUCGGUACACACACAAUUCCCCUUGACUUUGUUAGGUGGUGUUUGCACGUAAUGGUAGGUAAAAGAGAGAUCCCUGCCCUAUUUAAAGUUUUUGAUCUGGUCUACACUACAGACAUAUUGGUAUAACUACGUUGCUCAGGGGUGUUUAAAAAUCCACACCCUUGAGCAAUGUAGUUAUACCAACCUACCUCUUCCCCCUUCCCCCUCCAUGGGAGGCAGAUUAAUUAUGCCGAUUGGAGAGCUCUCCUGUCAGUUUAGAGUGUCUUUAUUUAAAGCACUAUAGUGGCACAACUCAGUGCUGCCCUGAUGCAGCGAUUUAAGUAUAAACUUGCCCUUAGUGAUGCUGUUUGCUGAAAGGAGGAAAAACAAAAUUAAACCCUGAAUGUUGUGGCCUUUCUAAACUCAAGUUUAACUAAGGUGCAUAGAUAUCACCAUAGUAUAUAAGAACCUAGGAAGUGCAGGAUUAGGCCCUGAUGAGUGAAAGGAAUCACUGAUAGUAAACCAAACAUUUGACACUAAAUAUGUAACAUCUGUUAAAUUACUGAGUUAGGAUUUUCGUGUACAAAACCUGUGUGGUUCAUUCGUCUUGACAGAAUGCAAGCAGGAGGCUCUCUCCUCCACCCCCAGGAGACCAAUAACUCUUGAUUUUGAUGGAAGUCUUGCAUGACUGCCAAAAUUUGAGUUUUGGUGGUGGGGAACUAAGGUGGAGACUAGAGUAGCCUAUUCUCAAGAUGGAGGGGACAAAGGCAUUUGGGAUAAAAGAGGGUCUUAAUUUUUGUUAAUAAAUUAAAAACUUCUCAACGGCCCCUCCAAAAUAGCCCUGUUCAGAUGGAUAGUGAUUUAAGAUUUGCCACAUGUGGCUAGGUCAUUUUUUUCCCCCCCUCUUCUAGAAAUCGCCGUAGAUAGCAUUGAGAACAUGUUAGCCAUAGUCACUAGUUGUGAGCCCAAACCGACAGUUCAAAUCCUCAGUAUUUCAAAUGUUCAAAAUCAUGGUCCAGCCCCUCCACCCCCCCCAAAGAAAAAAUUCUGAGAUUAAAAAGAAAGGUGAGGGGGUUAUAUGCCCUCUGGUUUUCUGGGCCUUCAGGAUGAACUUGGUCAUGUUUUUCAAGCUUUUCUCUGCAACCAUGAGGGCUAGGAACUUAGCUUUCAUUUAAAAAUAAGAAUGAGAUUCUCAUGUAAUCAUGUAAAAGCAGCAAAGAGUCCUGUGGCACCUUAUAGACUAACAAAAGUUUUGGAGCAUGAGCUUUCGUGGGUGAAUACCCACUUUGUCGGAUGCAUGUAAUCCAUUUUAUUUCCAGGCAUUGGGGCUUUAAAUAAAAUCUCAUAUUGGAAAGCUCACUGUUAAAAUUGCAAGAGUUAGCUAUCUGGAAAUAGAUAGGCACAUACCAGUAGUUCACCUACAGCCUGCUCCCUUUUACGUGAACAUGGGAUUUGCCUCAGAGCUCAGCAAGAUUGAGCACUUAACGUUAACACUGGGUCCAAUCCUCUCAGGUGCUGAAUGCCUCCUGCAACGAUCUGUGAAGAAUACCAGUGGGCAUUGGGGCAGCACAGCACCUUGCAAUAUCAGAUCCAGCAUGGUUCCCUAACUUUGGGGAAGGGCAGGGUUGUAAAUAUACAGACACACACACCUUAAUGAUUUUAGUAGUUCAGCAUUUGAGAAGGAAUAUCACAUCAUGCACCAAAACCCUUGCAUUGUGUUAUAUAUUUCCUCAUAAUCAAAUUAUUUCAAAGCUGUAUUGUGGAAAUAAUUCAUGAAAUCUUUUUGUGGUGAUUUUUUAAUUCUUAUUUAUUCGCACAUUCUGUAAGCCAAAGAAAGUAUACAGGGGUAGGUUUAUUUGUUUUUUUUCCCCCAUGUUUUCUCUUUAUUGUUAUGUAGAAAUUGCAGAAGGAAACAGUGAAACUAACCAUACUUUGUGUACUUGACAGCACUUCACCUCCCCAUCCUCACUCCAAAUUGCCCCUUUCAGUUCUAGUGAUCCCUUAGGUGUUAGACCAAUAGUACUAUGGGGUUUGGGGAGUAGAGGAGGAAUCACAUAAAUGUGACUUCUUUUUUUUAUUGCUUGCGUCUCAUUGAAUAUAAAGCUGAAAGUUAAGAUACAUGUGAGCAGGGUACCAUAAAAAACCCAAGUACACCAUAGCAUAGGAUUAAAUGAUUGCUCGAAGGGAACAGAGCCUGUUAAUACAGUCCAUAUUUACAUGUAGCUGCUCUACUGGAAAAGCUAUGAUAUAAAGAGCAGAGUUGUUAAACUGCUUUUAGCAACAAAUGGCCUCACAUUUACUCAUUGACAUCCACAUUGACUUCAGUGGGACGAUUCAUGUAGUUAAAGUAAGGCAUGCGUUUAGGUACCUUGCUGACUCAGGGUCUUAAUGAUAAGGAAACUCUGAAUACAUUCAGUUAAUCUUCCCACCAUUCAAUUAAAGGUGAGCGAUGUAUUACUCAGGACAGCUAUACUGCUGUUGUGCGAGCUACUAGUGAGCUGCAAAAGUAGCCGACAUAUAUGGAACUGGUUAUCUUGCCAAUCUUGUUAUUUUAACAGCCCUAUAUAAAAAGUGUAGCUGUUUACCAAGGGUGUAAUAUGCUUGCAUAUUCCAAACAGGGUGAAAAAUUUAUUCUUAGCACUCAGCUGUGAUAACUUUUUUUAAUUUGUACACUAAAAUAACAGUGCAAUUACGAGGACUGUGCUGUACAGAUUUAUUAGACUAUCACUAAUAUGCAUGAAAAGAGAAUCUUUUCUUUUUUAAAAGAAAUAACUACUGCUGUACAUAAAACAAUAAA